CGAGCGAGCAGCCGUCGGUGUAGGAAUUUAAUCGACAUGGGGUUCACGCGCUGCCCCUGCUGCGCGCUGUCGCCGCUGCCGCCGCUCUCGACUGUCGACGCGGACCUAGUCUCCGCCGGCCUCCUGCUGGUCGACACGCACAACCACUUACACCAGAGCGCGGGGGGCGGCGCCGUCCGCCGUUGCGACAGCUACGAGGCUGUGCUGGCGGUGGCAGAGGCCUGCUGGGAUUCUGUGCUCGCGCGCUGCGCCGAGGGCCCACGCUCCCUACCGGGGCUUGGCGUGCACCCGUGGCAGGCGCACGAGGUGGCCGAGGGGUGGGAGGCGCGAUUGCGCGCUCUCCUGCAGCAGCACCCACGUGCCCUCGUCGGCGAGAUCGGGCUCUGCAAGUGCGCGAGGAGCCUGCGCGGGCCGGGUGCAAAGGCGAGGGUCUGGCCGCAGCAACUGCGCGUCUUCCGCACGCAGCUCGCCCUCGCCGCGGAGCUGCAGCGGCCCACGUCGGUGCACUGCGUCAAGGCGCACAGCAGCCUCGUCGCCGCCCUCGACGACCUCGACGUCCUCCCUCCCGCUGUCGGGCUGCACUCCUUCUCGGGCAGCGCGCACCAGAUCGGCCAGCUCCUCUCCACCCGCGCGGGUCCGCGCCUCUACUUUGGCUUCUCGCACACGGUCAACGUCGCGAUGGGCGGGGCCGCCGAGCCGCAGCCCGCGUUGCUCGACGCGAUCCGCGCGGUCCCCGAGCGGAAGCUCCUCGUCGAGUCGGACUGCGCGGACGAGCGGAGCGCGACGCUCGCCCUGCCGCUGGCGCUGAGGCUCGUCGCGGACGCGCGCGGGUGGACGCUGGAGCGCGCGGCGCGCACGACGACGGAGAACGGGCUCCGCUUUCUCCGGGGCGACGACGGCGACGACCGCGACGCGGGCGGGGCGGAGCGGCCCGUGUGUGUUGCGUGCGAACCCACUGCGGGGAGUGACGAGAGUGCGAGGCCGCGGCUCCUUGUGGUCUCGCAGUGCUCGAGAUAGAUCGGGAUGUGAUCUGUGAUCUGUGAGGGUC